CAAUAAUAAUGCAAUUUCUACUAUGAAAUUCUAAACUAAUCAAACCAAAAUGUGACACACAAUUUCACGAAUUGUUAUUUAAUUCCCACUAGUUCUACAUUCUAGAACCCUAAAACCCUGCUCAUUCCAUUUCUUUAUUUCCCUAUAAAUAGAUGCUCAAUUCCAUCAAAAAGGGAAAAAGAAAGAAGCCAAGAACAGAUUUUUAAAAACCCACAAAAAGCAUCAAACUUCACAUUCCUUUCAAAGGAAGUUGUUGAGUGAAAAAGCAAGAAAAAGGUGCCUUCUUCUCUUAAAAGGCUUUUAUUAUAGCGCGCCCAUCUUUUCAUUCAUUCACUCAUCAAAAGCAUCCAAAAGUACCAAAGCCAAACCCAAAUGAUGGAGGAAGAAGAUGGGGAGGGUUACUUGAGUAGUCCAUUUUGGGUCCAAAGCACCACCAGUCGCCGCCACCGCGGGCGGCGGCUCCGGCAGGGUAUAUCAUCAUUUUUCUUGAGCUCUGGCCUCCUGAUUACCCUUUUGCUGGUAACAGCUGUCUCCUUCUUGGUUUUUGUCGUUCCUUCAACUAUUUCUUUGUCCAAACAAAUCUUCAGGCCAAACAAUGUGAAGAAGAGCUGGGAUUCACUUAAUUUGGUAUUAGUCCUGUUUGCAUUAGUCUUUGGAUUCCUUAGCAGAAAUAGGAAUGAAGAUCGAAACUUUGAUGAUGAGGCUUUCAAUCAAACAAUUAGCAAGAAAGCAAGGGAUGAUGAAACCGCCCAGAAAUCAAAUCCAUCUACCCCACAAAGAUGGUACGAUAAUAAUGGCUAUUCCAUUUCAUCAUCAGUUGAAGCUGAAGAUUCCAAUCAAUCAAAUCCAUCAAAUCAUUUUCAAUGGUUUGGAUAUUCAGAUCAGACGGCCUAUAGUAUCAAUAACAGCAGGGGCGGCGGCGGACUGAAGAGGGCUAGCAGCUCAUAUCCUGAUCUACUUGAAGUUGAAGCUUCUUCUUCUUCUGUAUUGGCCGAUCCGUCGAAGUCUCCGGCGCAGUCGGUAGCCUACGAUGAUAUGCACAUUAACACUUCUCGAUUCUCCUCCCACGGCGGCCAGAUUUAUCGCCGGCGAAGCUGGAAGUAUGCCUUUGAUGAUGAUACUCGGAUUGAAAGCAAGUACCUUUAUCAAGAUGAAUUCGUGAUUUCCCCAAAACAACCACCACCUUCAAUCAAUAUCACUCCGGCUCCUCCCGCUCCAUCUAGUCCUGCACCGGCUCCUCCCGCUACGAACAGUCCUCCGCCAGCUCCGCCGUCUCCGCCACCAGCUUUACCACCAUUGCCUCCGGCUUCACCACCGAGACAAGAGCAGGAAGUGAAGCAACUGAUGGCAUAUGAAAGUGUUGCAAAUAAGAGGGAAAGGAGGAGGAAAAGGAAUCUGCCGAAACGCGAAGAACCCAUCUCAGAACAACCGGCUGUAACUGCUCCGGCACCUCCACCGCCGCCUCCGCCGCCUCUGCCGGAAUAUGUGGAUCAGAUGAGUAGUGACAAAAUGGACAAGAAGAGAAGUGGGGGAAAUGCAACCAAAGAUUUCCUGAAUUCUUUGUACCAUAAGAAGAAAAAGAAACAAAGGCAAAGAAGCGCUGAAAAUGCCGAUGCUUUAUUGCAUUUACCUCAAACACCACCCCUGCAUUUCCAAUUACCACCGCCAUCUCCGCCGCCGCCUCCACCACCACCGCCGCCCUCUGUUUUCCAGAACUUGUUUUCAACUAAGAAAUCCAAAAGAAAGACGUCGGAGACAGUGAUUUCAGUUCCAAUUCCUCCGCAAAAGCCCAUCCCGAGAACCAGAGCUUCACAAAUUACACAUCGAACCAUUCAGAAGAAGCCUCCACAGCCGAAGAAAGUCAGAAGCUUUGGCAGCGAAGAAGGUUACUCGAACAGUGGAGGAGAAUCUCCCCGAGUCCCGGCACCUCCUCCGCCACCGCCGCCUCCUCCAUUCCUAAAAUCUCCUACGUGGAAGUUCGUACUUCAAGGGGACUUUGUUAGAUUGGACAGCGCAGUCAGUUCACGGAGUGGAUCUCCGGAACCAGAUGAAGAAUUAGAGUCCGAUGUAACUCCGACAGCUGCUGAUGUUGACGAAACUGAAACGCUGCCAUUCCCGGCGUCGCCAUUGUUCUUCCCCCCGAGCCCCGACGUGAAUACAAAAGCCGAUAACUUUAUCAACCGCUUCAGGGCCGGGUUGAAACUUGAGAAAAUGAAUUCCAUGAAUAAAAGAGGAGUGGGCUUGUCAAACCUUGGCCCGGGUUCAGGCCCAACUCAUAGCUGAAGUCCUUUUUUUGCUUGGUGCAUUUUGGUUCUUUUAGCCAUAGUUGGUUAGUUUGAUGAGGCAGAGAAUACUUCAAAAGAUUUUGAGAACAAUAACAAGUGAUGUGUGAUUCUGAUUCCUUUAUUCAAUUUGUUUUAUUGUGUAUAUGUAGUAGCAUUUGAUGAAGACUAUAACUCGUAGUAUUGUGUACCGCAAACUAAAUGGAUAAUCAGUCUGGAUGAAUUGGAUUCCACCAGCCAUGAAGAUGAUUUCAGUCUUAUUUUCCAGUUUUAGAUGACCCCAAGAUGGGAUAGGGUUAGGGUUUAUCUUCAUGUUAUCAUUUGAUUCUGAUUCUGAUGAUUUUUCCCCGGAAAUAAGAG